GAUGGAUUGGGAGCCAGAGAUAGCGGCUUUUACAAGAGCAGAUAUUUCAGGGUGUUCUUCAUAUAUUGUAAGAUAAGUAUUUAAUGACAAACGGAGCUUGUCAUUAGCUAUUUGUUAAAACAUACAUCAAAAUGAUAAAGCUUUAAUAAUUUCUGCAAUGUAUGUCAAUAUUUACUAGCAGUAGUCAUUUUGCAUAACUCUGUUCAUUGAUUUCUAGACAUCCUGGUCACCUCCUAGCUACAUCCUGACAGUUUUCAUUUUCCCCCUUUGUUUGCAUGUAGUAAAAGCAGCAUCUUAACCACAGUGCCACCUGCUGAAAUCUACAUGCAGCUGCAGGCACAUGCAAGCAUCUAUAAAAUGUGUUUACACUGUUUGAGCUUCUAAACACUGACCUCUGACCUCUGACCUCCAGCAGAGGGAAGCGCGAGGGAAGACAAAACUAUGUAAGGAGGCCCUGACGCCGGACGCCUCGUUCACAAUGGGGACCCUGACGCCAAGGAGGGGCAGAGAGGAUGAAGAAAAACACACAAGACCCUAAAUGUCACGCGGAUGGGCCCAGGGAACAGUGCUUCGGCAGGCUGCCGGGGUUUAUAUAGGGCACAGCCCCCAUCGCCGAAUAGACGCGGCGCAAACGCUUAGCCGUACACCAUCGACAAGCCUUCCCAGAAAGAGGUGCUUCAAACCCAAUCUGGCAACCAGCGAUAGAUCGCUAAAUAGACGAAAGUGUCACUGGAACAGCAGAGGCAACAUUGACACCUGUCGAGCACAAUACGUUUGACAGCAGAUAGUACCGGGGAGAUACCAGAAGAUUCUAGACGACGCCAGAAUAUUCUGCAAAAUACCAGAAAAUAUCAGAAAACAGAGUGAUGAGCUGCAAAGCCGUGAUCAGUGCUGCAGUGGUGCUGGUGCUGAUGACAAUGGUGACAGUGACUGCAAAUGGUGCUCCGUUCAGUCUCGACAUAGAGCUCACCAGAGGCGACGGAGGGGGGAGCCCAGAACCAGUGCAGGCGGGUUCAGACACGCCAGCGGUGGCCCGAGGAGACAGAAGGGAGAAGAUCUUAAGGGUGCUGGCUUCCCUGGAAGAUCUGCAGAGAUCCAUCAACAAGACCAGGAGAAGCAAGAUAACCAUGAUACCACGUGCAGGUGUUCGAGGACCAGGCAAGAAGAGCAAGGGCGGAAUUUCAGACGAGGCUAUGAGAACAACUACCACCACAGCACCCCCUGUGGAUGACUGCAGUACAACGUCACAACAAAGCGACAAUGCAAACGAGCGGCACUCGCAAGGUGGAAAGGGUCACAAAAAGGCUGCCCCCCAGGCAGGAAAGAAACCCAAUAAGCGAGUUUGCUUCUGGAAGUACUGCUCUCAAAACUGACCCCUGACCCCUGCGGGGCCCCCCCUUCCCCAUGUACCCAAAGCCCUCGCUCCCAACACCCGGCAACGCCACAGAACGGCAAGUCCAAGGAACACCGACGAAGAACACGACCUUUUAAACAGGUGAUCAGUAACAGUGCAGACUCGGAAUGCCUCUUGACCUUCUUCGGCACCCACACUGUACACAACGCUGCUUCACAGACGCCACUGGGGCGUGUUUGGCUCAAAAUAAAUGACGAUGCAUUAAU